GUUAAUUAUAAUCUUAAUUAUUAUUAAAGAACUAAAUUGUGAUCAGCUGACAUCAUAAUAUACGAGAUUCCCAGAACAAGAGCAAGUUGAUAUAGGUAGGAAGAAAUUUGAAAAAAAAGUGGUAUGGCAUUCGUAAAAGUGUUAAGUUGCAGUCUAAUAUUCAUUAUCGCGGCGGCUCUUUUUAUUGAUGAACGUAUGUCCAUACCAAAACUCGACAUAUUAUAUCCACAACAUUAUAACAUCAACUUUGUACUAAAUGUCAAUUACGAUGUCUUCCAUGGCGAAUAUAAUGUCAGCAUUUAUAUUCCUUAUGAAACGCAAAAUAUAUACGUUUACACAGAAAAUCUAACUAUAACUCGAGUUAGGGUAACAAACGAUGUACAAAUAUCUAAAGAAAAUAAAGGAGUAGCUUUUGCCCAUAGCACUGAUGAUUUUAUCUAUGACAAUGAAAUAUGUAUAACUACCAUUUCUUUCCCGUAUAAUUUAUCGUUAGGAUUUUACACUCUGAAUAUAAAAUUUAUGGGACUUUUAGCUAAAAAUGGAGGAUUCCGAACUUACAUGAAUCAACAAAAUGAUAGAAUGUGGUUGGCCGCAACGCAUUAUUACAAAUUUGCGAUUCGAAGAUUAUUUCCACUUUUAAAGGACACUAUAUGUGCUAGUUAUAGCAUUUCUAUAAAGCAUCAUGAAAACUUCAUGGCUUUAUCAAAUAUGCCUAAGAUAUGGGAGGAUGUAGAAGUGGAUGGAAAUAAUAUGCAAUGGACACGCUUCCAAACUACUCCCGUAAUGCCCGUUUAUUUCAUAGCGGCGGGUGUGUUUAAUCUCUCCUUUAUUACAAAUUGGAAUACCAAAUUGUUGUACAGAAAAGACAUACUGCCAUAUAUGACAUUUGCAUACAAUGUUGCUAAAAAUAUUGCGUGGUUUCUGUCGCAUAUCAGGAAAACUAAAAUAACUAAUCAUAUCGCGAUUCCGGAGUUGCUCGAUGCAGAAGAGAUAAUAUUGGGAUUCGUUCUUUAUAGAGAAGAAGAUAUUAUCUUUAAUAAAGAAAUAGAUGCUGAGAUACGCAAAAUUGAAAUAGCGCGAGUAAUAGGAUAUAAGGUGGCACACGAAUGGCUUUAUGAUGCAAUCGAUCCAUAUAAAUGGGAACCAUGGUUAAGCAAAGGCUUCGCUACAUAUUUUGGAAUUUACGCCGUCGAUCAGAAAUUCCCAGAUUUUCGGAUACAAGAUUUCUUUGUGGUUCAAAUGCAACAUGAUUUUCUUCAUUGGAGUACAAAGAACACAUGGCCCCUCACAAUCAAAUCAGAAUUUAAUAGUUCUUUUGAAGUACCUCGUUACAUCAAAGCAAGCCUUAUGUUCUACACAUUGCAAACUUUCUCAGAAGAAGUUUUCCAGAAUAGUAUCAGAACAUAUUUGGAUAAUUAUUAUAAAAGCAGUAGUGAUUUCUGGAACGAAAUGCAAGCUGUCAUGUCAGAAUUAGCUUUCAAAAUAAAAUACAAAUUAGAAGACAAAAUAACAAAUUGGAUACAGUUAAAUUAUUACCCUGUGAUAAAUGUGCAAAGAAAUUAUGAUAAAAACAGUUUGAAUAUAUCUGUAGAAGAUUUUAAUGUAGAUAUAUGGAUAUUGAAUGAAUAUAUAGAUAUGAAUAUUGUUACGGAGACUCAUUUAAAAAAUAUUUCGAUUGAAGUGUGGCUAAUACCACAUAUUUCACAUAUUAUUACAGAUCUCAAGAACGAGAAUGACUUUGUAUUGGUCAAUUCACAAAGUGGAUGUUAUCGCGUCAAUUAUGAUGCCAGGAAUUGGAAUAGACUUUCGCACUACUUGAAUUCCGAAUUCUUUGGAAAAAUACAUGUUCUCGAUCGUGCUAAAAUCAUCGACGACGCAUUUCAUUUUCUGAUGACAGGCCGACUAAAUUCUACUGUAUUCUUAAAUAUUUCAUACUACCUCCGGCAAGAUACAGAUUAUAUCGCAUGGUAUCCUAUGUUCAAAAACUUAGAAUAUAUCUCAGGUUUCUUUGCAUAUCCAGAAGGUUUAUAUAGCCCUAUAAAGAGAGAAAUAACGCGACCGUUGGGUGAGAUUUUGUCGGAAAUAAAAUAUCCCGAUUUUAAAUCAAAUAGAACGGAUUUCAUUCAGGAGAACGUUUUCACUAAAUGUUUGAGGCAAGAGGCUGCAAAAUGGUUAUGCAUUUUGAGUGUUGAAUUUUUAAAUGAUGAUUGCUUUUCAGAAGCCAAACAUAAAUUAAAUUUGUAUCUUUUAAGUGGUAACAAAUCUUCAUCACACAAAAUUUGGAUGGGAUGGAAAGAAUGGACAUUCUGCAAUGGUUUGAAGACAGCGGGAAACGAUACUUGGAUGCAAGUGUAUGAUAUAUAUUUGAAAGAAUCAGAUAAAAGUAUUUUAAAAUUUUUAACUUGUUCCAAAGAUCCUUCAAUCAUUCUCCAAUAUAUAAAUAUAAUGACUAAUAUGACAAUAACUAUGGAUUAUAUAAACAGUUUUUUUGUUAUUGUUACGAGGCAUGCAAGGACUGGAUUAUUAAACUGGAUUAUCAACAAUUUCUUCAAAAUAAAACCGAAAGAAAUCAGCUAUAUGAUAGCAUUAACUAUAUUCAUUAAUCACGUAUAUUCUAAAGAACAAAUAAAUGAGAUAAAGAAAUAUAUGGCUAUUUUCAAGAACCGUAUGAAUCCAGACUAUAUGAUUAAUUAUGAAUAUCAAGAAAACGGUAACAUGGUAAGGAAAUCCUUGCCACUUACAAUGAAUAUGAUAAGAGUGUAUGUAAAUCGCAAGUUAGAACUACGUUGGCAUCAAUUAAAGACUCAACUGUACGAAUAUCGAUAUCUUAUAAAAGACUUUGAUGGUGUAUUUAAAGAAUUCUUGGCUGAUUACUCGGAAUCAGAUGAUAGAUACUUUGAUUGGUACUGUUUAUGGAUCUUUGAGCUAUCAGGGAUGCAAGAAUGCCUCCGCAAGCAACAUGCCACGCGUAGUGGAGAGGGUAACGGAGAUGUAGCAGAGGGAGAUAAUAUUAUAGUCUUGAGAGAAAAUUUCCUAAUUAUUCUUUAUAAAUACAAAUGCCAACCACAAAUAAAGUGCACUAUGCAAUGGAAAUACAAAAAAUUGUACACGGCUGGAAUCAAAAAGAUAUUGGGCAGUGCUGUUACGGUGAAUUUAUUAGAGAAGAGAAACUUUUUAUUAGAAAAGUUGAUAUUAUUGAUAGAAAAGAUACGGAAGAUAAAAAAUCAAUUAUCAAUAGAAUUACAAGAGGCAUUAACAAAAGCGCGACAGCUUAGUAAUAAUUACGUUCAAAAAUAUAAAGAAGUGUUACAAUUGAACGAUCCACCUUGUGUACCAUUCUUAACUAAGUAUCGCAAACCACGUAAAUGGCCCAAGAUAAAAUUGAAAUCACCGGGAAUUAAAACUAGUAUAAGUUUGAGCGAAAAAUCGCCAGCUCCAUUACAAACGAUAGCUUCCAGCGUAAAAUUGCAUGAUCCUCCGACAGAAGCUCCACCGCCUCUUGAAUUACCGGAAACAUCACCACACGCACCACAAGUUACAGUUCCGCAACAUAGGGGAGCACAUCAUUUUUGCACCUGUCAUAUUAGGUAUACACUAAACUUUCUGGAACUGUACCUUCAGGAUCACCUAGUCGGGGCUUUCGAUCGCUUCGUUUACUCAAGUUCAUUUAGCGAAUCAUCGCAACAAGUAAGAUUCUAA